CAAAUCAACAACUAAAUUGUUGAGCUAUUACGACACUUCAUUAUAUCUUAAUACAAGUGAAAUUUUGAUAUUGUGUCUUUUUUUGUUCCUUAUUUACCUCAGUCACGACAAUACUAAAAUCAACUUUAAAAAUCAUGCAAAGUUCGAAAACAAACACAUUUUAAAUACAUGAACUAAACUUAUCCCUAUUCUUGAACCCCUUCCCACCUCCCACCUCCCACCUCCCAACUCCUGCUGGCUUUUUGUCUCAUUCUUGGUUAGCAUCAUAAACAUCAAAAAAAUAUGCCGCACCGUCACGUCUGUUACCAUGGACUCCUGGGUUAACAAGUGGUCAGGAAAAAAUUAAAGAAUUUUUUUAAAAUCAUUUCAAUAUCAUAUUUUGAAUUUUCAUACGUUUAUGAAGUAACUUAGGCAUCUAAUAUUAUUGUUUUCAUUUCACAGACUUAGAAAUAUAUAAUGGCGUCAGUUUUGACUAGAUGACGUCAUUCCAAUUUAAAAGAACCCUCAGGUUCAGGUUUCUAUCAAAGAGGUCUGGGUACGAGAAUUCUUGUUAUGAAAAUUAGUAUUCACACCGCUGAAGAUAUUGAGAAUUGGAUUGAAACUUAGAGAGAGUGUAUUGUUAAGGUCUUUUUAAUUUCUGAUUAAACGUAAGAGUUAAUCUUCUUAGUCAAUCGUAAUAAAACGUGUUAUAGAAAGGCUUCUCUUUUUUUUUACAAAAUUUAAAAUGUCCAGUCACAUUGUUUAUACUACAUCGGUUUCUUUACUAUUUAUGGUCCGGGAAGCAUCCGAUGAUCAAUGUUUUAAUUCUUCGGGAUUUCAAAAUUUGAAAACACAAUGGUAACCAUAUCCCUUUGAGCAUGAUUUUAAACAAAACAAGAGUAGUUUUGUUGAUGGACUUGACAGGACACAGCAAGUCGUCAAUGACAUAAAGAGAAACGUCUAACAACAAGAGCCUCCGUGUUCACAUGGACAUCUAUUUUUAAAGACUACCUGUGGAGACAAAGCGUGUGUAAAUAGCUCGUCUAUGGAAUUACAAUCCCAUGACAGAUUACAGAGAGGUUUAACAUUUCUUUCUAUACAUUUCCAAUUGGAUAGAAUCGAUUAAAAGGGAUUCCAUGCGGCGCUAUUUUGUAUCAUUGCUGCAUUAAUUAUUGUCCUUGUGAUACAGGAAUUGAAGAUACAAAUUUGUAUACUGGUGAGAUAUGACAGUUAAUCAAUGAGAGAAGAAAAUACUAAUAAAAGAAAGACUUUGAAUCUGUUUAUAUAAUUGUUCAUUCAUAUUGAGAAGGAUUUGAAGACCAGUCGUUAAAAGAAGCACACAUAACAUAUAAAUAAAUACACACAUAUGUAAAACUAAAGAAAGAAAACAUGGCAAUUCGUAUGAACUUCAAAACGACGCUUACAUCUUGCGCCUUAUUGGUCAUAAUAUGUAGUAUUCAUGUUACAGAAGCACGAAAUAACUGUCGCUUAAAGAAACAUCCCAAGAGUCAAUCCUAUUUUUUAUCAUGUGACGGAUACAUCAGUGAUAACAAACAGACGAGAACUAGUAUUCGUAAAGACAAGAAAAAACCCAAAAAAGCAGGACCACCAGGGCCACCCGGUCCAGUAGGACCUCCCGGAAAAGAUGGUAUUGACGGUGUGGAAGGACCAACAGGACCUAUGGGACCAACUGGACCUACAGGUGUUCCAGGAAGAAGAGGACACACUGGACCAAAAGGACCAAAAGGUUCAAGGGGAGAUGUUGGUCCAAUGGGCCCUCAAGGACCUUCUGGUCUACCAGGAAAUUGCAUAAAAGAUGAGUCACUGCUCAAUAGAGAUGUUGCAGAGAAAUUAUACCACUGUCUAGCUGGUCCACAAGGUCCUCAAGGACGAAAAGGAGAUCUCGGUUUACAAGGAAAUCCUGGUCCACAAGGACCACAAGGAAAGAGCGGUGAACAAGGUCAAAAGGGUGAUCGAGGUCGCAGGGGUCCUGUUGGAAUGCCUGGAUUACCUGGAAGCAGUGGGGCUGUGUCGUGUGCUACGUAUUACUCAGACUGGAUUGGUAGGUUCAGUGAGAUGGAAAAUAAAAGUUCCGAUGGUAUAUUUUGUCCAAGUAGACAAUUUUUGCAGGGUUUUAAAAUCGAAAAGAAUGGAAUUAAGGAGAGGUAUAACUACGUUUGUUGUAAAAUUGGAUGAUAGGUUUAUGUACGUUGAUAUGUUCUCAUUAAAAUGUAAUUGUGCUGUGUUGAAGUAUACCUAGAUGGUUGAAGAAAGUUGGGAUUGUAAUGGUGAGAGACCAUGAAGCAAAUAAAAACCGAAAUAGGAACCAUUAUUUAUUAAUUUAUACCAAAAGUAAAUAUAACUUAUACACGAACGUUAUUUUUUUAGUAAUUACGGAGCUUUUAGAACUCAUGCACUAAGAGAUCUCUUUAUGCGAGAAAUGAUUAUACACUUCAGUUUAACCGAGGCCUGGUGACGAAGUUAAAAUGCAUGAAAUAUUGUGGUAAACAUAGACUCAAGAUUUUGAGCUUACAGGAGGUAUAUUAGAGAUCAUUUUUAAGACAUAAGAGGCCAUAAGAGCGGGCAGAGUCUUGUAGUCUACCAAAUUUGUUUCCAAGUUGAAAUUAAAUAUUUUGUAUAUAUCUGUUUAUAUAGAAAGUAUCUUCUUAAUAAAAUAAAUAAUAAUGAGCCUUUUUUUUCGGUCCCACAAUCACAGGGUCUUCAGCUUCCGUCCUCAAAUAUAAAGAAAUAUCACCUGGGAUCGAAGUUGUAUUUAUUUUAACUACGUGGACACCGCACCUUAACAACAAAAUUUCGACACCUUUUUAUUUAAUGUGAGUAAAAAGUUGGUAAAACAUAAAAGAAAUGUUAACAGAGUGACUGGUAUUUUGAAACAACUAAAAUGUUCACACUGACCUUAGCGAGCUAAUUGUUUGUUCCUGUCCGACAUUGUUAAAAAGAAGGAAAGAGAACCUAAGGACGAGGUUGAUUAUUCACUUAUAAUUUAGUCUCUAAAGUUGAGGGAAUUGGAGACUAAUUAUUCUUUAUUUAACCAGGAUAGCCUUUUCAGUUUUCCUAUUGGUACUGCUACCAAAAGUUCCUCCCAAGGGUGUCCUAACGCAUUUAAAGCUUCCA